AUGCGGAAAUUUAUUCUUAUUAGAACUUAUAGAGAAGAAGAUGAAUCGGUUUGCAAAGAAUUACUUAAAGCUAGUGUAAUGUAUUCGCUAAAUCAUACAUUCAUUGGAAUUUUAUUAGGAAUAAAUAUUAUGCGUAUAGUAAAUCUUGUAACUAUAGUGUUAAUGCUAAUACUCAUCCGUACAAGAUUACCUUUGGUUUAUUCUAUUAUGGUUAUAUUUAUACCAGGAAUUUUAUUAUAUAUUUCAUUAUAUGCAAAGUUUUUGUAUGAAGCUAGAAUUGUUGGAAAUGAAGUAUUUGAUUCACGGAUUAACACGCGCAAUAAUUCAUCACGUUUUUGGAUAGCGGAAGCAUAUGAAGAUCUUUCAUUAAUUGAUCAGGAACAACAACAACAAUAUAUAUUUAUGACAGAGGAAAACUUGAAUGAAUGUACUUUUGAUGUAUCUCAACUUAAUAAAAAAAUUGUAGGUAUUAUGUCAGUAUGUAAAAGCAAUUGCGAACCAACAGUUGCUUUGAUAAAAAGAUUAUAUGUGCAGACAAAGUAUAGAAGGAAAGGUGUCGGAAGUCAAUUUAUAAAUACAGCUAUCCAUUUUGCUGAAGAACAUGGAUUUGAAUGCGUUAAAGCGUUUAUUAAUGAAUAUCAAAAACAACAAAUAGCAGUAGAAAUUUUAUCGAUAAAAAUAUCAUCGGAAGAUAUUCAUGUUCUGGAAGAGAUUUGUUUAAGAACGAUCUUUGAAGAGACAACAUUGAAUGUUUCUGAUCUACUACUGUAG